AUGGUAUCAGAAGAAAUCAACUCAGACAUGACAACACAAACGAAAGAUCCUACUCAAGAUCCAAGCAACCCCCUCUUCCUACAUCAUUCGGAUGGACCCGGGCUUGUUCUCACCUCUCAGCCUCUUGAUCACAAGAACUAUACCACAUGGAGUCGUGCGAUGCAUGUGGCUCUCUCCGUGAAGAACAAGCUUGCCUUCAUAGACGAAACUCUCCCGAAACCCGCUGCCACAGAUUCUACCUUCGUUGCUUGGAACCGUGGAAAUAAUGUGGUUAUAUCCUGGCUCUAUAACUCUGUCUCAAAGGAUAUAAUCACGAGUAUUCUCUUUGCAACCAUUGCCAAAGAGAUUUGGGAUGACUUGAAAACAAGAUUUUCAAGAAAGAAUGGACCUCGGAUAUUUCAACUCAGGCGCCAAUUGAUGUCUCCGCAACAGGGAUCAAAUGACGUCAGUACAUACUACACCAAAUUGAAAUCAAUAUGGGAGGAAUUAGCUGGUUACAAACCGAAUUUUCAGUGCACCUGUGGAGGACUUCAAUCCCUUCAAGAACACACACAAUCUGAAUAUGUCAUGUCCUUCCUGAUGGGUCUCAACGAUUCUUUUUCACAAAUCCGUGGUCAGAUUUUACUCUCUGAUCCUCUCCCUUCAAUUGGUAACGUUUUUUCCCUAAUUCUUCAAGAAGAAGCUCAGAAAGAAAUUGCAAUUACACACAGUUCUAAUGAUUCUGAACACAUGGCUUUUAUUGUGAACCAACCUGCUAAAAUACAUUCUGACAGCAACAAAAGUGGAUUUACUAAGAAAGAAAGACCGAAGUGUGCUCACUGUGAGAUGUUCGGUCAUACCAAAGAUAAAUGUUACAAACUUGUGGGGUACCCCCCUAACUAUUUCAAAAAUCGUCAACCAAAAGUUGUGAAUCAAGUUGAAAACUCAACUGAUUCCUUGAAUUUGAAUUCUUCAUCUAAUCUGACCCAUGCUCAGUGUCAGCAGUUGAUCACUUUUCUGACUAAUCAAAUGCAAUCUGACAAUAAUCUUGAUGCUCUAGCCACCAAUGUUACAGAUACCAACAGCUGUAUUCUCCAGGACCUCAAGACCUUGAGGAAGAUUGGCAUUGUUAAACAACGUCACGGGCUUCUCCUCUUUGAUUUUCCUAAGUCUGGUUUAAAUCCUCACCUGUCAUCUGGCUAA